AAGAAGGAGACGCUCCCACUGAAGAAGAAGAAGAAGAAGAAGUAUUAUUUAGAUGCAAGAACUCUGUACUGAAUAUGGGGUCAUACAGACGAAUCGAUUGUAUAUUUUUUAGUGAAUUUCAUCCAACUUUAGGACCAAAGAUCACAUAUCAGGUUCCUGAAGAAUAUAUUUCGAGGGAACUUUUUGAUACUGUGCAGGUGUACAUCAUUACCAAACCUGAACUGCAGAACAAGCUCAUAACGGUGACUGCCAUGGAGAAGAAACUAAUAGGUUGUCCAGUGUGCAUUGAGCAUAAGAAGUACAGCCGGAAUGCCUUGCUCUUCAAUUUGGGUUUAGUCUGUGAUGCCAGGACAAAAACAUGUGCUUUAGAACCUAUUGUCAAAAAACUGUCUGGCUACCUCACAACUCUGGAGCUUGAGAGUGGAUUCAUUUCAAAUGAGGAGAGUAAACAGAAGCUGUUGCCUAUCCUGUCCACACUUCUGGAGGAACUUAAUGUUACAGGAGCCUGCACCCUACCCAUUGAUGACUCUAACACCAUCCACUUGAAGCUAAUUGAACAAAGGAAAGAUCCUCUGGUGGUUCAGGAGUAUGAUGUUCCAGUAUUUACCAAGAAUAAAGACCACUUUACAAAAUCACAAUGGGAUCUUACCACACAGCAGAUCUUACCCUUUGUAGAUGGUUAUCGACACAUUCAAAAAAUCUCAGCCGAGGCCGAUGUUGAGCUUAAUUUGGUGCGGAUUGCUGUUCAGAAUUUAUUGUAUUAUGAAGUGGUAACUCUGGUAUCCAUAUUCCAGUACUCAAAUGUUUACUGCACAACACCUAAAGUACAAAACUUAAUAGAUAAGAAGUGCCUUCAGGAAGAGUGUAUACAUUAUGUCAGUAAGCUAGGCCAAAGGACAAAUCUCAGGGAUGUAUUCCAGUUGUAUUGUGGUCUGACCCCAGGUACAACUGUACGUGACCUCUGUUCCCGCUAUUCUCAUCAACUACAGAGGGUGGAUGAAAGGAAGUUGAUUCAGUUUGGCUUGAUGAAAGGUCUGAUUCGGCGCCUGCAGAAGUAUCCAGUCAAGGUUGUUAGAGAUGAGAGGAGUCGUCCACCUAGACUUUAUACUGGCUGCCAUAGUUAUGAUGAAAUCUGUUGCAAAACUGGAAUGAGUUACAAGGAGUUGGAUGAGCGUUUGGAGAAUGACCCUAACAUUGUUGUUUGCUGGAAAUAACUUUGCAGAUCCAGAAUUAUAACUACAGACUAUUUCAGUGAAAGAACUCAUUUGUAACUUGAGAGAAACAGAUCUGGUUUCUGGCUUUUUGUUCUGUACCUUUAUUUAUUGUAAAUCAAUUGCCCUUUGUGUAUAUUUGAAACCAUUAUAGGUCAAAAUAUGAACACAAAAAUUGAUAAAAUAUAUAUAUAGUAAUGAUUUAAGAUGCAUAAAUGCAAAAAUGACUGUUUGUACAUGAAAAGCUAGGUUACUGGUUUUGAAAUAAUUAGUUUGUUACAUGGCUGGAUGUGUAACUAAUUCUAUAGUAUGUUUGACCACAGUUAAAAACAUUUAAGUUUUCUUACUCUGAGAAAAAAAACUGGAAAAGAUAGACAAGAUAACCCCAUUGAUCGAAAAUACAUGACUUUUAAAGUACCUUCUGCAUUAACUGUUAAAUUAGCCUUAGAACAAAAAUAAAUUAUUAUAAACUGUCAAAA